AUGUCUGAAGAAAAAGAAGAAGGCUCUCAUCAAUACAUGGAACAAUACCCACUAGGUUACAGGUUUGUUCCAAACGAUCAACAGCUGCUACUGUAUUUACUUUGGAAGGUGAAAGGAGAAUCUAUACCGCCUGGACUAAUACAGGACGCCGACAUCUACGAACGCAACCCUUUUCAGCUUCCAGGAAUGGACACGGAAGAGAAGUAUACCUAUUUUUUCACAAGGAGAGAACGAAAAUAUCCAAAUGGAUUUAAGACUGAUCGAAGUACCAGGGAUGGAAAAGGAUAUUGGAAAAUUACCAGCAAACUCACUCCUAUAUUUGUUGCUGGUAACUUGCAGUUUGGCAAAAAGAACGUACUUGUUUACUAUCUAAAAACCCCAAAGGGCCAAAACGAUAUCAAGACAAAUUGGAUAAUGCAUGAGCUUGAACUAAAUAAGAGUCUCUUUCCUCGGCACGCUUCAGAAGAAAAGUUCAACGAUUUUAUAGUAUGCAGAAUUCAUGAUAGGGAAAAGAGGAAAGGAAACGAACAAUUGGAUAUGGUAAAUUCUUUGAUUGAGCCCAAACAAGUGAUGAACCAUAACAAUGGUGAACCACUUCGAUCAACAAAGCGAAAAUUCAAGACCAAUAAAACAAUUAUCACGUCUCAUGAUCCUCAAAAUGUAGGCAUGAAGUCGAAUUAUUUGUAUAAUGGCCAUGAAUUACAAGCUACUGCUGCUAGUGAUUUUGACCAAACAAAGACUUCAUCAGCUGAUAUUAUGUCAACUAUAAUGGCAAAUCCUAUAGUAGAUAAUCAUCCUCAUCAAGUGGUGCAGCAUACACAUGUUACAGGAGAUCAGAAUGUUUAUUUGAGUAACAACAACAACAACAACAACAACAACAACAUAUCCAGUGUAUUUCCACGUGAUGUUUAUUUGAGUGGAGAACAAAAUAUUAAUUCAGGGCAUCGUCGUCUCGUGAAAAAUGAAGGAAAUGCUUUUAAUGAUCCAAAAUUAGAGUGCUCUACUUCUCAACAUAUGAGAGGAGAUGAAUCUAUUCCUCUUGUUCCAGAAAAUGAUUGUUGGCCACCUUCUGAAGAAUUUUGGGACGGAUUGCCAGACAUGCCACCAAUGGAUGAUUUCAGCAACUAUAUGGAUUUAUUAGAUUUUGAUCUUGACCAAACACAACCUAAGACACUUUUUUAA